UUUCUGUAUUAUUGUAUGAGUGAGUGAGCAAUGCUGUAGGGGGUCUAGAACCGACCGCUCUGUCAGUAGUGGUAUAUAGGACGUCCAUCAUCCCAUCCAGAAUUCUCUACUUUGAAUAUUCUGUCCUGUAAAGGCUUGUUUGAUGAACAGGAGUACCUGAUUUUUUGAGGUGUACCAGAAGUCCUAGAGCUCCAGUCUCACUAAAGACCAGCACUAGACACCUGUGGACUGGACCUGUUACAGGUGGGCAGAGGAGUGCAACUACAACAUUCAUUCAAACAGUAAAGAAACAACGUUGAAGAUGCCGUCUACUUUAGCCACAAAGGCUACUCAUACACACAAAACCUCAGCAAAUGGAUCACAGUCUACUGACAUUCCUGUGAAGCGACUGGAGAAGGUAGACCGGAAGGUGCGGAAAGUCAAAGUGAACAGCCAGAGCCCCGGGUCCCUCUCACCAGCCAGGAGACCGAACAAGGAGAAGGAAAUCAAGGAGACCAAAACCACAAUCAACUUUGUGACGUUCCCAGUGGCACAGUCUACGCCUGAGCAGCAACUCCUUAAACCAAAUGAGUGGAGCUACUGCGACUAUUUCUGGGCCGAUAAAAAGGACCCUCAGGGGACGACCACGGUAUCAGGCUUUGAGGUUCUGCUGCAGAAACAGCUGAAGGGUAAACAGAUGCAGAAGGAGAUGGCAGAAUUCAUUAGGGAAAGAAUAAAGAUUGAAGAAGAGUAUGCCAAGAACCUCUCCAAGCUUUCCCAGAUCCCGCUUGCUGCUCAAGAAGAGGGGACACUUGGAGAGGCUUGGGCACAGCUUAAGAAAAGUUUGUCUGAUGAAGCAGAGGUCCAUCUCAAAUUCUCCUCAAAGCUUCAGUGCGAGGUGGAGAAGCCACUGCUGACGUUCAGAGGGGACAACUUCAAGAAGGACAUGAAGAAAUACGACCACCACAUUGCAGACCUGAGGAAACAGCUGGUCAGUCGUUAUGCUGCUGUAGAGAAGGCUCGUAAGGCUCUGGCAGAUAGGCAGAAGGACCUGGAGGUAAAGACGCAGCAACUGGAGAUCAAACUCAGUAACAAGACUGAAGAGGACAUCAAGAAGGCCCGGAGGAAAUCCACUCAAGCAGGUGAUGACCUGAUGCGCUGCGUGGAUCUCUACAAUCAAGCCCAAUCUAAGUGGUUUGAAGAGAUGGUCACUACAAGUUUGGAAUUGGAAAGGCUCGAGGUAGAAAGGGUGGAAAUGAUACGGCAGCACCUGCUCCAGUACACAACUCUACGCCGUGAGACAGACAUGUUCAACCAAAGUAUUUAAACCUGAAGUGGGAGUGGCCUAAAGCAGAAAAGAAAAUUAAAUAUGAACCACUCUGCCUCCAGAAACAGUGAAGAACACUGGAGAGAAAACCCAGGUGUAGAAAUACCAGUGCACUCAGCAUGUCAUAAAUAAACACUGUAAAUCCAUCAUGUAUUGUGGUCUUUGUGUGUCCCACAAGCUUUUUUAUUAGGACAGUAAAACCUCCCACUUGUGUGACUUUUUUUUUUUAUUGCAUUCCACAUCAGUCCCAUCAAUAUUUCUACCAAGAAAAAAAAAAGAAAGAAUAGUACUGUUUGUCUGCUGUAUGGAUCUGUAUUUGUAGCCAUUAAGAACACAUUAUCUGUUUAAUCUGAUUUCUAUUUACAUAUGCCUCUACUCUCAAAACCAGAAACAUCAGAAAGACCUAGACAUCAUCAUCAAGUAACAACAGCUUGAGUAAUCAGAUCUUAACAUAUAUUGUAGGAUGUCUACUUUCCCAAUGUACAGUAGAACACAGUAUUGUAUUGUAGAGCAAGCAUAAUUUUGAAAGAUGUGUUUCACUAGAGUAAUGUCUGACCCGUGUGUUUCAGACCCUGGAGCCGGUGGACCAACUCCUCCAGAGUGUGGAUCCUGCCAAAGACAGAGAGCUGUGGGUGCGGGAGCACAAGACAGGGGAUCUGAGACCUGUGGACAUGGACAUUUAAGGACACAAACCUUAUAACAGAAGACAACCACAUCCACACACACACACACACACACACACACACAAACACCCAAACUAGUCAAGUCUGCCUGUCUGUCUGUACAACACAUCAAGUUCUUGGCUAAAGCCAUACAGCAUUGUCCCACUCAAGCCAGCAUUUGUAUUCUUCACUAUCUUUCCAUGGACAUACAAAUUACAGAGAGUGGUGAUAUCGUUUAUGUAUGUCAAACAAUUUACAUGCAGAGUGCAUUAACCUACACAGCACUUUGUUUUGCAUGAAUAGAAUCCACCACCCUUAUCGAACCUCAACACACACAGAUCUGAUUAUUUUUGAUGUUAGAUCUGAAGGUACAUAUGCAUAUACACAAUGCAAGCAAAAUCUUUUAUGAUAAAUGUUACAGUUACCUACAUUCAGGCAACGUUCAUAUUGCUCACAGAAGCACAUUCCAAAUCCUAAAUAUGACGACGUUAUGGAAGCAUGCAUAAAUCAGACCGUUUGUUUCUGUAAAAUGAUGGUUUAAAAAGAGGAACUCCGUCAUGUAUCGUGUUUGAGAAGGCUUUCUACAGGAAAAAAAAACCCAGCUGCAGUUUGAAAAAGGCAGCAGUCUUAACCUAAAUAACCAGCAUGAUCCCAUUUGUAGAAUUUGUGCAGAAUAAUAUUCUAUUAUAGUGUCAUUGUAUAGUUAUGUUGUUUAAUCUGUAACGUAGUAAGAAAAAUACAGAAUUUAUUUGCAAUGAGAAAUUGAAAUUUUUUUAUUCUAUUCAUACCCAACCUAAAUCUAUGACAAAAUCUUCUUGGAAAAGAGCCUGAACAAAAUGCAUUAUCUAGGUACGGAUAUUUUUUAAAAUUAUUUUUGCAGACUUGUUUUGCAAAGAAGCAUGUAGUUCGCAAAAAAAAAAAUAAAGAAAAAAACGCGGUGAUGAAUAGUUCUAUUUCAUCCACAGAAUAAUAUUUGUGUAAAAAAAAAACAAAAAAAAUCAAAAUUCAGCUCAUUUACUGUGUUCAUAGAGUACGUGUCUGCAAAAUACUGCAUUUGUAAGCCCGAUCAUAUAAAAAUUUCCUCAAGCGAAGCCAAGAAACUUCUUUAUGCAGAACAUAAUCAGCUCUGUGCAACAUCAUAAUCUCAUUCUGCUUUCAUUUCAAGUUCAGUUGGAGAAGUUACUAGCGCUGGUAUUAAGGAUAAACUUUAGAGUUGAGUGUAGAAACUGCUUUACUUUAAGAAGAAGAAGAAGAAGAAGAAGAAGAAGAAGAAGACGA